UACCAAUAAUAAUUCCCUGUCAGAAACUCCGAAAUCCUUUAUAAAGCCUCCAACCAUUCAUCUUUCAUUUCCAUUUCUCUCUCUCUCUCUCUCUCUUCUCGAAACCCUAGAAUUUUACCUUCGCGAAUUGCAAAACUUUCGCUGAGGGACCUAGAUUUUCUCACCGCAAGAUCGUUUCCCCGAGAAAAUCUGGAUGAGUUGUUCCGAUUCGGAGUCCGCAUCCGUUCGAUUCAUUUGAAUUUCGGGCAUUAACCAGGGAUAUCUCCGAACGUGCAAUUCGCGUUACUUUUGUAAGAAAGUCGCCAAGGUGCCAAUUCUUGAGCUGGUUAUUCGUUUCCGUUGGGUUGGGCAUGGGAAGGGUUUUCCGGGAGACCGCCAAGCCCUCGUCUUGUUCUCCUUCUUCUUCAGGCGCUCCCGAUGUGACCACUUCGACCUCGAUUACGGAGACCGUUAACGGUUCUCACCAAUUCAAGAUUACGGGGUAUUCUUUGUCGAAGGGGCUUGGGAUUGGCAAGUACAUAGCCUCUGAUACGUUCAUGGUUGGCGGGUAUGCGUGGGCGAUCUACUUCUACCCGGACGGGAAGAGCGUGGAGGACAAUGCAACGCAUGUAUCUCUGUUCAUCGCGCUUGCGAGCGAGGGAACGGAUGUGCGGGCGCUUUUUGAGUUGACCCUUUUGGAUCAGAGUGGUAAGGAGAGGCAUAAAGUUCACAGCCAUUUUGGGAGGACAUUGGAGAGUGGUCCGUACACGCUGAAGUACCGGGGAAGCAUGUGGGGUUACAAGCGGUUUUUUAAAAGAACUUCCCUGGAGACAUCAGACUACCUGAAAGAUGAUUGCCUUUCAGUUCACUGCAGUGUUGGCGUUGUUAGGUCUCACACUGAGGGGCCAAAGAUUUACUCUAUAACAGUACCUCCCUCUAACAUUGGUGAGCAGUUUGGGAAGCUUCUGGAAUGUGGAAGAGGAACUGAUGUAAAUUUUGAAGUUGAUGGAGAGAGAUUUUCUGCUCACAAGUUGGUACUUGCAGCUCGCUCACCUGUAUUUAGGGCCCAACUUUUUGGUCCAAUGAAGGAUCAGAAUACUGAGUGUAUAAAAGUCGAAGACAUUGAAGCUCCAGUUUUCAAGGCCUUACUUCAUUUCAUAUACUGGGAUACUCUACCUGAUAUGCAAGAGCUUACUGGUUUGAACUCAAAGUGGGCGUCUACUUUAAUGGCUCAACAUUUACUUGCUGCAGCAGAUAGGUAUUGUCUAGAGAGGCUCAGGUUGCUCUGUGAGGCCAAUCUUUGUGAUGAUGUUGCAAUAAACACCGUAGCAACUACAUUAGCCUUGGCAGAGCAGCACCACUGUUUCCGGCUGAAAGCAGUUUGCCUCAAAUUUGUUGCAUUGCCUGAAAAUUUAAGAGCUGUGAUGCAGACGGAUGGUUUUCAGUAUCUAAAGGAAAGCUGCCCUUCAGUCUUGGCUGAGCUUUUGGAGUACGUAGCUAGGGUUAGCGAGCACUCUGCCAUUGUAUCAAAGCACGCAAAUGAAGCUAUCUUUGAUGGCAGCGAUUUUAAUGGCAGGCGGGUUAAGCAGAGGCUGUAGUGUAACUGGCUUUCAACAAGACCUCUUUGUAGCCUAUUGAGGUGGACUAAAAAAUUCUAGGAAAAGUUUUCUAGGAUUAGAGUUCUUUUUCAAUGUUCAGCUUUACAAUUUGUGAGAGAUGUAAAUUGAAUGUUGUGUGUAUGUUUGUCUGUGUAAUGCGAAUUCAUUUUUAAAAAUAGUUUGUGUUCUCAAGUUUUCCUUUCAA